GCUUCUGUUUGCCGCGUACAGAUACAAGAUAGAGGCCAUAGCCAGAGAGACCCAGCAAACAGAGCAAGUCUUCCACGCCCGCCAGUUCUUGCAAGAGAGGAAAGAAAUCGAAGAGGCAGAGAAGCAGAGAGAGACAGAGAUGGGAAGAAGGAGAAGCCCGGCGCUGCCGCUGCUGGUGAUCUUUGGCGUCCUCGCCGUCGUCCUCGCAGCUCUUCCUCCGCUCGCCGAAUCCAGCAGCAGCCACCACCACCACCACGGCCAUGGCCAUCACUCCCGCGUCCAAAGCAGAGGGCACGGAGGAGAGGAAGAGCAGUCGGCGGCUGCGGCGGCGGCGGCGAAGGCGAGGGGGAGCGCGUGGCCGUGCUGCGACAGCUGCGGCGGGUGCACCAAGUCGGACACGCCGCAGUGCCGGUGCAUGGACGCGGCGCCCGUCGGGUGCCACCCGGCGUGCCGGGACUGCGUCAGGUCCCCCCUCGCCGUGCACCCGGCCGUGUACCAGUGCAUGGACCGCGUCCCCAACUUCUGCCAGCGGCGCUGCAGCGCCAUCGCCGCCCACUGACCGUGACCGGCCGGGGCAACCGACCAGCUGACCAACCGCCCACCCCACCUACCGCCACCGGCGACGGACGAAUCUUGAUGGCAUCACGGCCAGAGAUGCCAGCCAGCCAGCCACCUUUUUUUGUUGUUAAUUAGGCGCGGCUUGUCCUGUUGACUUGACUCUGUAACACGUAUGGCUUCUUGUGUAAAGUGGAGUAUAAACACGUAUGGCUUCUUGUGUAAAGUGGAGUAUAAACAAGCUGGGCUUGGGUUUGUUUGA